UGUUGACCUGCUCAGGAUACCAGGCAUGCCACAUAAUGAAGACAUCAAAGGUCUGGAGAAUGGACAAGACAAAGUCCCACCAGCUUUGGUUUCGAGAUGGACGGGAAGAUUUCGGGACCCCGUCGCCCGAGCAAAAUACGAGAGAGCAAACUGCAGGAUAUACAGACGAACAAAUACUAGCAUUUGCAUCAGCGGCUUGAUCUUCAGCCUAUUCUUUUGGGUCGCCUACACAAGUACUUAUUAUAAAUACGGGUGGUACUUUCUUAUUGUUCCCUUCGGCAUGACCUCGCUUAUAUCAUUAGGCUCGAUUGUGGUUAUCUAUACUAUCGGCAUGCGAUGGGGAAGCCGUUUCUUGUGUCUGAUCAUCUACGUCUAUUUGACAAUCCUCUACGUGCUUCCCAAGGUUGUACCUGCUUUCGAUACACAGAGAUUCGUGGAUGGUACCGAUAUGCUCAUGCUCCAGCCGAUUGAACUCAUGGUUACCUUUGUGUUGAUUAUUGGGCCCCAUCUUGAGUGGCAUUACAAAGCCAUAGCCUUGUGCUCAUUUGUAAUCGUCAGCAAGAUGAUCCUGCUGGGCGGAACCAGACCGGAUUUGAUGAUGAAUGGCGUAUUUCAGAUGAUCGGCCAGAUUGUUGUUGCAGUUGGAGUAUCACUACAUGCAAUGCUAAGAAGGGAGCUUCGUGCCAAGCACAAUCAUUUGAUUUCAAUGAAAGAGGAAGCAGAGAAGCAGGAUGACGUAUCUUUAGAGGAACCUGCCAAGCUGCUGAGCCAUUCACUCUUCAGUCUCGCUCCACCAUCACUAAGUCACACCUCGAAUGUCAUCGCACGUUGGAGCGUCACGUUUAUACAUUUACUAAGAAGCGGCUUUCAUUUCCUCUGCAACCAACAUUUCAACGAUCCGCAGAAAGAAAUGGAAUUUCAAGUGUACUGCUCUCGGAUGUCGCAAAGAGAGCAUCGAUACAUGUAUAGCACCGCAGCAUUAUCCAGUCUAUGUGGCGCCCUGAUGCAGCACCUUCGACAUGGAGAUCAAGCCUACAACAUUUUAGAGUUUGCCGUCAUCAUACCAAGCAUCUGUAUUACGGGGGCCAUUGUGAAAUCUCUCCCGGCUCUGGGACCAUUACACCCAAAACGUGAGCAAUUGUGCUCUACGAUCCUCUACCUUGUGGCGCAAAUUGCGUCUAUCGCCAUCGCCCUUCGUACUGCAAAGGUCAUGAUCGACUUGGCCGCGGUAGGCAUGUUUUCCAUACCAGCGAGAGACGCCUUCAUCUGCUCUCUGAUAGCGACCUUGAAUCUCAUCAUAUCCAGAGCUUGUAUUGAUGGGCUUCGAGGACGUUUUGCCUUUGCCUGCUGCUUAGUCGACAUUGUGGGAGGCCUCAUGCUGGAGAUGUGGUUCAACAUUGUACACUCUUAUUUCUUUGGGCUAACGAUUACGAUGCUUGGGGUCAUCGUUGGGCUACUCAUUCAACCCCGCGCAGAGAAAGAUUUGAGAGUCCAUCACGAGAUGUUGGCCCGGCAUGGACGACAUCUUGAGCUAAAGGGCGGAAUAGAGAAUGCACUGAGUAUACCCCGGUUGUUCUCGCCUUUGACCAAGAAAUCAAUGUCCAUCAGUCGCUCCUCUGGCCUUGAAGUUAUCGAAUGUGAAGUCAAUAGAUAUCGAAAGGGCAGCGAGAUGAAAUAGAGCAGGCCAACGGUGAAAGAAAGACCUUUUGUGAAAUAGUUGUUUUGUACUUUAUAGACAAUGUAGCCCCGCUAUAAAAAAAUCC